AUGGAUCAGAAGACUGAGGAGAAAAGAAAGCAGCGCCACAGCUGGACUUUACUGGAACAAGUAAAGAGGAUGAAAGAAUCAACAGAGAUCAUUGACGUUGUGCUAAUUGCUGAAGGUGAGAAAUUCCCCUGCCAUAAGGUGGUGCUGGCUGCCUUCAGCCCCUAUUUCAGAGCCAUGUUUACCUGUGGCUUGGCUGAGUGCACCCAACGGGAUGUGGUGCUGUACGACGUCUCUGCGGAGAGCGUGUCCGUGCUACUCCACUACAUGUACAGCGCAGAUCUGCGCCUCGCUCACCACAACGUGCAGACUGUCGCGCUCGCUGCCUAUUUCAUGCAGAUGGAAGAGGUUUCCAACAUGUGUCAGAAGUACAUGAUGGACCAUAUGGAUGCUUCCAACUGCGUGGGCAUCUACUACUUCGCAAGCCACAUCGGGGCAGAAGAUUUAUCCGAUCAAGCAAGGAAAUACUUAUAUCAGCAUUUUGCUGAGGUGAGCUUGCAGGAAGAAAUAUUGGAGGUUGAAUUCCAGCAGCUGCUGACUCUCAUAAAAUCUGAUGAUCUGAACAUUUCCAGGGAGGAGAGCAUCCUGGACCUUGUCAUUAGGUGGGUGAAGCACAGCAGAAAGUCCCGUGCAGGGCACCUUCCCGAGCUUCUGAAGCAAGUGAGGCUGGCGCUGGUCAGCCCGUCCUUCCUUCUGGAGGCCCGCAAAAGGAACACAAUGAUCCUCUGCAGCGCAGAAUGCAAUGAUAUGUUUGAGGAAGCACUCAACGCCAUCAAGCUCUCCAGCCACCCUUCUCUCAGCCUGCGCUAUGGCAUGGAGACCACCGACCUCUUGCUCUGCAUCGGCAACAAUUCCCUCGGCAUUAGGUCAAGACACGGUAGCUAUGCAGACGCCAGUUUUUGUUACGCUCCUGCAACACGAAAGACGUACUUCAUUUCCUCUCCGAAGUAUGGAGAGGGGUUGGGAUGUGUUUGCGCUGGUGUUGUCACUGAGAAUAAUGAAAUUAUUGUGGCAGGAGAGGCAAGCGCCACCAAAAUGUCUAGGCAAAAGACCAGGAACAUCGAAAUUUAUAGGUACAGAGAUAGAGGAAACCAGUUUUGGCAAAGCCUGUGCAGCACUCAGCUCCGUGAACUCUAUGCGCUGGGCACUGUCCAGAACGAUCUCUAUGUCAUAGGAGGGCAAAUGAAAGUGAAAAACCAGUACCAGGUCACAAACGGUGUGGAGAGGUACUCCAUGGAGCAAGGCAGCUGGAGGAGCUCGGCGCCUCUCCCGGUCCCGUUGGCCUGCCACGUGGUGGUGACGGUGAAGAACAAGCUCUAUGUGCUGGGGGGAUGGACACCACAGACGGAUCUGCCUGACGAUGAGCCGGAUCGAUUGAGUAACAGAACAUUUCAGUAUGACCCAGGCCAAGACAAAUGGACAGAAGGAGCGCCAAUGAAGUUCUCCAAGUACCGCUUCAGCGCGGCCGUCGUCAACAGCGAGAUUUAUGUCUUGGGAGGAAUCGGGUGCCUUGGCCGUGACCGGGGACAGACACGGAAAUGCCUUGACGCGGUGGAGAUUUACAACCCCGAUGGAGACUUCUGGAGGGAUGGACCUCCCAUGCCCUCUCCCCUGCUCUCCCUGCGAACAAACUCCAGCAGUGCGGGCUGCGUGGAGGGGAAGCUGUACCUCUGUGGGGGAUUUCACGGAGCAGCUCGUCAUGAAGUUAUCACCAAGGAGAUCCUCGAGCUGGACCCGUGGGAGAACCACUGGAACGUGGUAGCCAUCAACGCCCUCAUGCACGACAGCUACGACGUCUGCCUGGUGGCCAGGCUGAACCCGCGGGAUCUCAUCCCUCCUCCCCCAGAUUUAGUGGACCAGUAG